AAAAGAAAAUUGGAAAGCUCGUUGAUACAUGGUACACUUCCCAUCACGGUGACUUUUAUUCGGCUCGGGUCGCGCCUUCAGACUGCACUGUCAUCUCCAACACAACAGAGGUAUAUAUGAACGGGAAUGAGUCGAAUGACCAAGCAAAGCUAGUUGCAGAAGACGGGGAAUACUCCACUAUUGUAGCCAAGUUUUCUAUUUUCUGGAUUUUUCUUGUACCACCACAGCGAAUUCUCUCUUCUUACCCAAUACCCUGUAGAUUUCCCAGUUCUCUUCCACAGCUUUUAUAAAUAGCUUCUUUGGUGGACUGCCCAGUUACCAACUCUCAAUCUGAAAUAAAGGAAACGCAAAAACCGCUAUGGACUCCCAGGUCUUGGUGGCCCUUGCGCUCUCGCUUGUUGGUGGAAUGAGUACUUCUCUAGGUGCACUUUUUGUUAUUAUUAAUCAGGCUCCCAAUUUGAAGAUGCUUGGGAUUUUACAGGGAUUUGCUGCAGGUCUGAUGCUGAGCAUAUCAUUCCUGGAUUUGGCUCAUAACGCCAUGAACUCUAUUGGAUUCUUAAAAGGCAACCUUUGGUUUUUUGCAGGUGUUAUAUUCUUCGCUGUUGUUGCUAAUUUUAUUCCAGAACCAACGCUCGCCCCUGUUUCAGAUGUCAAAAGUAAAAAGAAAACUGGAGAUGAAGGUGGCAAGGACAUUAUGAAAAAGCAUCGCCGUCAAGUUUUAUUCAGUGGGAUUAUUACGGCAAUAGGCAUAAGCUUGCAUAAUUUUCCUGAAGGAAUGGCAGUGUUCCUCGGGUCAAUUAAGGGUCUUCGUGUUGGUGUCAAUUUGGCCUUGGCCAUUGCCCUGCACAACAUUCCAGAGGGUGUUGCUGUUGCACUUCCUGUUUAUUUUGCAACACAGAGCAAAUGGCAGGCAUUCAAAUUGGCUACACUUUCUGGUUUUGCUGAGCCCCUGGGUGUUGUAAUUGUAGCUUAUCUAUUCCCAAGCAGCUUGAGUCCUGAAAUUCUUGAGGGCCUACUUGCAUCUGUUGGUGGAGUGAUGGCUUUUCUCACCCUGCAUGAAAUGCUGCCACUGGCGUUUGAUUAUGCUGGGCAGAAGCUGGCUGUCAAGGCCGUGUUCUUUGGAAUGGCUUCCAUGUCUGCAAGCCUAUAUUUUCUUGAAAUCAGCUUACCCGAGGAGAUGAGCUUGUAGUCAUGUAUCGGCCUUUUGGUGUUCCACUGCUGUACUGCCACGACGGGGUUUUCAAAUAAUGCCUGCUUUUGUCUACUGGCAUUGAAGACCUGUACUAAUGGCUGGCUUCAUUUGAGCUCUGACAGAGAUGGUAGAAAAGUUAUCCCUGUUCUUGUACUUCUUGCUGUUCGUAUCACUAAAUCACAGAUAUGUACUUCACAGUUAGUGCUUUAUUGGAGAGAGAAAAAAAUGAAAAGGAAAUUCAAGACUC